CGUGAAAGAUCGUCCGCAUUCGUCCGAAGUGUACUCUCUUAUGUACCACGCGUAAAGGAACGGACGCGUGCGAUAGAGAAGAAAUAAAUGCACACACCGUGAUCACUAGCUACUUUUAAUCCCCUUUUCGCUCGACGAGCGUAAAACUUGUAAUGACGAUCCCAUCGAUGCAGAACCCGACUCCGGCGUACGAAUGCGGCAACAUACUAUCCAAAGGUUUAAAGGAUUGGGAGAAGAAACUGAUCGUCGACAGGCACAACGAGCUACGAGCGUACGUGGCGCAAGGGUUCGAAAUUCAAGGACGUCCGGGACCGCAACCCGGGGCGUCGAACAUGCGAAUACUGUCGACGAGCGUAAAACUUGUCGUAAUGACGAUCCCAUCGAUGCAGAACCCGACUCCGGCGUACGAAUGCGGCAACAUACUAUCCAAAGGUUUAAAGGAUUGGGAGAAGAAACUGAUCGUCGACAGGCACAACGAGCUACGAGCGUACGUGGCGCAAGGGUUCGAAAUUCAAGGACGUCCGGGACCGCAACCCGGGGCGUCGAACAUGCGAAUACUGAGUUGGGACCCGGAAUUGGCCGAGAUAGCUCAGAGAUGGGUGGAACGAUGUCAUUUCGAAAACGCGCCCUGCGUUGACGUUGGUAAUUACAAAUUAUUCAUAAGUCAAACGCGGUCGAGUGCGGCGAACGAUUAGGUCUCGAAAAACUUUAGAUGAAGCAAACGAAUGGAGUUCAGUAUUAAUCGUCUGAAUAUUUCAGAGAGAUUCGACGUAGGUCAGAGUUA